GCUCGGCCCUGCCCCUCGCUUUCGCCAUCUCGGCUGCAUAAUAAUAUCGGCAAUAAACUACUGCUCCCGACUCUUCCGUUCAAGAAGGGCGUUCCGUUCCGUUCCGUUCCAGACCCCCUUCGUUCGCCCCGCCACGACCGCGUCCUCCUUGACGCGCUCCUGCGCUCCCUCGCUGAACCUCGCGGGAGCAGAUCGCAAGAAGCGCCGGGGGCUGUUGAGAGUUUCGCGGCGAUGGUGGCGGUCGCGGCGGGGAGGAGGCCUGGGGCCGGGGCUGGGGGCGGGCGCCGGCGCGCGGGCUGCGGCGGGGGGCAGGGGCAGCAGCAGCAGGCGCAGCAGCAGCGGCUGCUGGCGGUCGCCGUCGCCGCGCGCUUCGCCGAGGCGAGGCCGGCGUCCGUCGAGGCGGCUGUGUCCCCCUACGGCGGCGGUGGCGGAGGGUGCUGCGUCGAGUUCCUCGAGUGCCUGCUGGGGGCGCUGGGCGUAAGCGCGAACGCCGUGACCACGGCCCCUGUGCAGUACAGGUGGGCCGUGCGCUCGAUCCGGCGGCGGCGCCGCGGAGGAUCGUCCUCGCCGCGCGGUGCAUCCGCUGAGGGCCGCCGCGCCGAGCCCCCGGGGCGCAUCGCUGGCAACGGCGCCUCCGCCUCCGCCGUUGCAUCGCUCUACACCAUGCAGGGCAGGAAGGGCGUCAACCAGGACGCCAUGGUGGUCUGGGAGAAUUUUGGUUCAAAAGAUGAUACCAUUUUUUGUGGUGUUUUUGAUGGCCAUGGACCAAAUGGGCAUUUGGUUGCCAAGAGGGUCAGAGAUCUUCUCCCUCUAAAGUUGAGUGCAAAUUUAGGAAGGGAUGAUUACAAAGAGACUUCCACCAGCACUGUCACGAGUGGGACAACUAGAGGAGUUUCAAUGAAACACGGGGAUGCUGAUGCUGAUGCUUCCCCUGGAAAUGAGGAGAAUGGAGAGUACCCAGAACUUUACACAGUGUUGAGAGCUUCAUUCUUGAGGGCAUUUUAUAUAAUGGACAGGGAUCUGAAGUUACACAGAAAUAUUGAUUGUGCAUUCAGUGGAACAACAGCAGUCACAGUAAUCAAGCAGGGACAAAAUCUUAUAAUUGGCAACUUGGGGGAUUCUAGAGCUGUCUUGGGCACUAGAGAUGAAGAUAAUCAGCUAGUUGCUCUUCAAUUGACGGUGGACCUCAAACCUAGCAUUCCAAGUGAAGCAGAGCGAAUCAGGCAACGGAGGGGUAGAGUAUUUUCUCUUCCAGAUGAGCCAGAUGUUGCUCGUGUUUGGCUUCCGACGUUCAACUCGCCAGGGUUGGCCAUGGCAAGAUCAUUUGGAGAUUUCUGUCUAAAGAAUUAUGGUGUAAUUUCUAUGCCUGAUGUUUCUUACCACCUCAUCACGGAAAAGGAUGAGUUUAUUGUCUUGGCGACUGAUGGGGUGUGGGAUGUACUUUCCAAUGCCGAAGUUGUUAGCAUCAUCAGCAAAGCUCCUUCACAGGCCUCAGCAGCACGAUUUCUUGUUGAAUCGGCUCACCGGGCAUGGAGGACACGGUACCCCACAUCCAAAAUCGACGACUGUGCUGCUAUCUGCCUCUUCCUGAAUACAGAAGCAACAAGUACAUCCUCCACUUCUGGAACCAAAGAUUUGGCAAACGAUGUUGGACUGAGCAGCAGUAAGCAUUUGUUGACUGUUAAAUCAAGUACUGGAGUUCCUGCAAAUCUUGUUACUGCAUUGGUAACAGAUAAUGAUUGGUCUGAUCUUGAUGGCGUCUCUAGUCCUGUCACUCUGCCAACUUUGCCCAAGCCUACUUCAGUUACAAAGGAGAGCAUAAAAGAUUGAGCUCGCCAAUCAACUGAGAUGGCCAUUAUUUUUUGCUGGAGAUUUGUUCAGCUUUGUUUGUGACUUUGCACGCAUUGAUUUAAUGUUGAAGCAAAGACCAGUGCCUGUUUUGUUGGAAAAUUGGGGGAAGUUGUUGCGUGCUGUAUUCUGCAUGCUGGUAUGAGUAGGGAUGCUGCUUUCAUUCUUUUUGUAAAGUAUUCAGUCAGUUUAGUGUGAUCAGUUCGUAGUAGUAAUAAUAAUAAUGUCCCAGCUAUUGAUGGGGGUGAUAAAAAACAUGCAUCGCAUGAAGUUUCUCCUCCUUUUUGUAAUUUUUCUUUCAGUUUCCCAGAUCUUUGGAGUUUUCUGUUAGGUGAUGCUUUGGUCUAUGUUAGUUUUACUUUGUUCAAGUUUUGUAUCAUAUUUUCAUUGCUGUAAUGACAAACCAUUCCAGUUGGAUGUCUAAGAAAGUUUUGUAUUGUA